UGCCAGUGACAGUGAUGGUGGCCGGAGAGCGGCCUGCUCGGUCGGGGGCGUCGGACGCGGCGUCGUGGUGCUGCGUGGUGGCGCUCGUGCUGGUGGUGGGGUCGCUCGCCGGCGGCGGCGCGAGGGAAGAGGAGGAGGGCGGGCCGCCGGUGGUGGUGGUUCGCGGGGCGCGGCUGGCGGCUCGGCGGCGGCCGUGCGAGGAGCUCUACGUGGUGGCGGAGGGGGAGACGCUGCACGGCAUCAGCGCCCGGUGCGGCGACCCCUACAUCCUGGAGCGGAACCCGCACGUCCACGACCCCGACGACGUCUUCCCCGGCCUCGUCCUCAGGAUCGCCCCGUUCGCCGGCGGCCACAAGUAGUGAAAGGGAUCGCGUCGGGCGAGUAACUGCAGAGGAAGGAACUCGAGCCGCUGCCGUGUCUCUGGAACACGACGCGUGCGACGCCGGGCGGACAGGAACUCUCUCUAUCGGUCCCUUGCUUUCAGGCGUGUCAUGUACAUGCUGCAUGUGAAA